AUGGAAGAGUCGGAUCAGCAGUAUGCCAGGCAGUAUACUCAGGGUAUCGUUCCAGAAACCGACGAUCCAUCUGCACCAUCUCUGUCGAUUCGUAUGAUAUUCCUGGGCACUAUUUGGGCAGUGUUUCUUGGACUAGUUAAUGGCGUAUUUAGCUUUAGAACAAACUCGUUUGCCAUCAGUAGCAAUAUUGCUGCCAUUCUUUCAUACCCAAUAGGCAUAUUUCUUUCCAAAACACUACCGUUAGGUAUUCUUAAUCCUGGUCCUUUCACCAUCAAGGAGCACGUUCUUGUAUAUAUGAUUGCUGGUGCUGCUGGUGGUCAACCUUACGGUGUUGAAAACGUCAUUGGUCAAAAGUUUGACAAGUUUAUGGGUGAUACCAGAAUUACGUUUUGGAAUUCGGUUCUGUUUAUCAUUACCACUCAAAUGAUCGGAUAUGGUCUGUCGGGUAUGACUCGUCGCUUCCUUGUCCGACCUGCUGCCAUGUACUGGCCCACUGUGCUAUCUACCGUCGCUCUGUUUGUAUCGUUCCAUGAAACCGAAGAAUCAGAAGAGUCCAAGAAAGUCGGCGGCCUGUCACGAUUUUCUUUCUUUUGGCUUGCCUUUUGUGUCAUGUUCAUGUGGCAAUGGUUUCCUACUUUCUUUGCUACUGCCUUGCAGUCCAUCUCAGUGCUCUGUAUGAUCACUAACAACAAGACAGCGCGCUUCCUUGGAUCCGCAUCACCCAAAACUGGCGUUGGCAUUCUUUCGUUUUCACUUGACUGGUCCAAUAUUGGAUCUGCUGCAAUCAGUAUCCCCUGGUGGGUGAUUGCCAACAUGGCCGUAUCCGAAGUAUUUGUUAUCUGGAUUGUUGUACCCAUCCUCUACUAUCGUCAGAAUUUUGGUAGCCCGACUCUGAUUGGCCCUUAUUCCUAUGAGGAUGGCACACCGUUUCCUGUACUCAACACUCCUGCAUUGUACGACCGAUAUGGAAAACAUAUGAGUCCGACCCUCAUGUACGACAAAAAUGAUUUCAAUCUAAACGAGACUGCGUAUGAUCUUGUCAAGCCAAUUUAUAUCUCCGAGUAUUUUGCAGUAACAUACUCCAUGUCUUUCUUUGCACUUACAUGUGGUAUAUCUCAUGUUGCUCUUUGGUAUCACAAGGAUAUUAUACGUCAAACCAAGGAGAUGUUUAAUCAAGUUGACGAAGCUCAUGCUGACAUUCACAAUCAACUGAUGAAGGCUUAUCCCGAUAUUCCUGAAUGGAUGUAUAUGGUAUGGCUAGCUUUCUGGCUUGUUGUCAUGCUGCUUGUUGGUAUUUUUACACCUUUCCAUUUGCCGUGGUGGGGUACUCUUUUCGGUCUCGUUCUCGCGUUCAUCUUUUUGAUUCCGUAUGGUAUCAUUCAAGGUUCAUCUGGACAGCAGCUUGGCCUCAAUAUCAUCACUGAAUUGCUCAUGGGUCUGUUUAUUCCUGGACAGACGGUCGCUGUCAUGACAUUCAAGUCAUACUCGUACAAUAUCAUGAUCCAAGCAUUGUCCUUGACAUAUGACUUGAAAGUAGGACAUUAUUUACACAUCAAUCCUGUCCACAUGGUCAUUUCACAGUUAUGGGGAACAAUUAUUGGUGCGUUUUCCAACACUGCAGCCGUAUGGAUUGCGAUUGAUUAUUUCCCACUUGGCACUGAAGAUUGGUCGUAUCCCGGACAUACCACCUUUUUCAAUGCCGGUGCUAUUUGGGGUGCUAUUGGACCAGGAAAGUUUUUUGGAGCGUCGUCACCAUACUUUUCACUCAAUCUAGGCUAUCUUUUUGGUGCUAUUCUUCCUAUUCUGCCAUGGCUUGCCAACAAGGGAUAUCCCCAUCCAUACUGGCGAUUUGUCCACUUUCCCAUCAUGGCAGGUGUAGGCAGUCCCGGUGGGAUUCAAUCCUCACUUUUAAGUCGUAUCAUCAUAUCCUACAUUUUCAUGUACUACCUGUUCACAUACAGCCGACCUUGGUGGACAAAGUAUAAUUACGUGUUGGCUGCCGCUCUCGACUCUGGAAGCGGUGUAGGUGUUUUGCUGGCAACUUUGGUUGCAAUGGGUGUGGUCAUCCCCAACUCUUCAGCAAACCCUCCUGUAUAUGAUUUCUAUUGUAUUGGUGCCAAUUGGGACGAUCCACAGUUUUUACAUUAA